AUGACUUCGGCUCCGACUAUCCUUGCAACGUGCAAGCAGACGCGAUUCCAUCUAUUGGAUGAGAACCCGUCGACUGAGAUUGAUGUAGAGGGUCUCAGUAUUACUAUCACCUCUGCUGCAGCAGAUUCUCCAGACGAGGCCCCAAAAUCAAAGGUCAAAGGGAAAUCCAAGGCAAAAGCACCCGGGAAGGAGCUCAUCGCCGAUGCUCAUCUGCGUCUCAAGGGUGGCAUUCACUACGGCCUGCUCGGUCGUAAUGGAACGGGAAAGUCUACACUCCUACGAGCAAUGGCCGAUAAACUCAUCCCCGGCAUCCCUCAUGUUACCCGAAUUUCAAUUCUCCAGCAAACCGGCGUGGACGAUGAAUCUGGAGGCUAUGGAAGUUUGAGACUAGACAAAACCGUCUUGGAUGCCGUUCUGGGCAGUGAUGAAACGAGGAAUGAGGUUGCACGCACGGCAGAAUUCCUUUCUAAAAGCUUCGACACGGAAGAUCCGCUGGAACCAGUCAAGGCGAUUCGCAAGGUUCAGUAUCAGCGAGCGGAGAGGAAUUUGUUUCUUGCUCAUAAGAAUGCCAAUCUUAAAAGUGGCGCGAGAGGGUUCCAGGCGAGAAAAGACCUUAAGACGGCCGAGGCAAAUAUGGAGUCUGCCAGUGAACGACUCGCCCAAGAUGCUGAGUCCAUCGACGCAGAGGCCGUUCAGGUGGAUACACAAGCUGCAGUAGAGACACUACAGACUUUGCAGUCACAGCUCGAAGAUAUGAACCUUGCAGAUAUGGAGAAAGAAGCUCGUCGCAUCCUUCUCGGCCUCGGCUUCAAAGAAGAAAACCUCGAGAAGAAGGUCUCAACCCUAUCGGGCGGCUGGAGGAUGCGAUGUAUGCUCGCGAGUGUUCUGGUCCAGUCCCCCGAUAUCAUGAUCCUCGACGAGCCGACCAAUUUCCUGGACCUUCUAGGAGUAGUCUGGCUCGAGAAAUAUCUCCAGCAACUACGCGAGACAUCCGAAACAACGAUCGUUCUAGUCUCGCACGAUCGCGACUUCAUCAAUGCCGUCUGCGAGGAGAUCGUGAUUCUACGAGAUCAGAAGCUUACCUACUUCCGUGGCAAUCUCGCUGCCUACGAGCAAGACUUCGAAGAGCAAAAGCUGUACUGGGGACGCAUGAAGGAAUCGCAAGAACGACAGAUCGCACACAUGGAAGCGAGUAUCCGCGAGAACCUGAAGAUUGGCAAGAAGACCAAUGAUGAUAAUAAGCUUCGGCAAGCUAAAUCCCGGCAGAAGAAAGUGGAUGAUCGGAUGGGUCUACAGGUGAAUGCCAAUGGCCAUCGCUUCAAGCUCAACCGUGAUCUGGUCGGGUAUCAUCUCACCAGCCGCGCAGAGAUUGAGGUGCCGCAGGAUGAGAGGGGUGCGUCGAUGGCGAUACCCGAUGUGACAGAGCUGCGAUUCCCUGGACCAUUGGUAUCUCUAGAAGGGAUCAAUUUCCAAUAUCAGAAGAAUGGCCGGGUUAUUCUGGAUGAUGUGAAUAUCGUGGUUCAUAUUGGUGAUCGUGUGGGCAUCAUGGGCCUCAAUGGAUCUGGCAAGACCACUUUGAUCCGCAUUCUGAAUGGUCAGAUCCCUCCGUCAACGGGCAAGGUUUCAAACCAUCCACGAUUGAAGGUGGGCUACUAUGGCCAGCAUUCUGUUGAAGAGUUGCAGGAGCGCGGUCAAAGUGAGCCCAGUCUAACUGCACUGGGACUGUUGACGGCCGAGACGGAAGGUCAUCUCAAUGAAGGAGCCAUUCGCGGUCUGCUCUCGUCCAUGGGCCUGGCCGGUCGCAUUGCCUCUGAUGUGCCCGUAGCCAAACUGUCUGGCGGACAACUAGUUCGGCUUGCACUGGCACGAAUCGUCUGGAAUUCACCCCAGCUCCUGGUUUUGGAUGAAAUUACCACUCAUUUGGAUUUCCACACGGUGACUGCACUGGCGACUGCGCUGUCCUCGUUCAACGGGGCCAUUAUUCUCGUUUCGCACGACCGUUUCCUGGUUCGGUCUGUGAUAGAGGGAAAACGCGAUACUGAGCACAAGCUUGAUGAGGACUUUGAGGGUGUUGAAGAGGAAGAAUCUACAGAGUCUUCCCCACGACGCCGGUCUGUGUAUGUGUUGAAGGCGGGCAAGUUGAAUGAGCAGUCGAACGGAGUGGAGCAGUUUGAGAAGAGUCUGGUGAAGCGGGUGCAGAAGCUACUCAAGUAG